ACAACAUCUGUUUAGGACAGAGAAACCCUCAGAAAGGAGGAUAAACUCAUCCUACAGCCUUCUUCUGAUCGGUGCUCAUACAUCCUGAUACAUUACUCUUCUGGAGGGGGGGAGGUACGAUACACGUAAACCUGGAAUUACAAACUAAUUUAGAAUUUGCACUAUUAGAAAGCAUUAAGCACUUGAGGCUCUCACUCUGCCUUGCAAGAUGUUCAACUCACUCCCAGCAGUUCAUUCCAAAGAGAAGUUGCAGAAUAUGUGGCUGCAGUGCCCUCUAGUGGAUUGUGUUUAAAUUACAGCAUUGAAGGUGGCAAUCUCUCUUCCAAUCUCAACGACCAUGGGCGCUGAUUACCUAACUUCUACUAAUCUGAUUGUCCAAGAACAUCAGAAAUGUGACAUUACAAUCAAACUUCAUUAUAACUACACAGGGAGGUCUCUAAAAAUCAAUGGGGAUCGGAUGGACAAAACCAGUUUGUUAUUUCUUAUCAUAUGCAGCUUUAUAGUCCUGGAAAACCUCAUGGUACUGAUUGCCAUAUGGAAAAAUAACAGAUUCCACAACAGAAUGUACUUUUUCAUUGGUAAUUUAGCACUUUGUGACUCGUUAGCUGGCAUUGCCUACAUAGGAAACAUCCUCAUGUCCGGAGUUAACACCUGUAAUAUCUCAUUGACGGCCUGGUUCGUGCGUGAAGGCAGUAUGUUCAUAGCCCUUGGUGCAUCCACCUUAAGUUUGCUGGCCAUUGCUAUUGAAAGGCAUUUGACAAUGAUAAAAAUGAGGCCUUAUGAUGCCAACAAGAAAUACCGUGUAUUUCUUCUCAUUGGGACCUGCUGGCUUAUUUCGUUUUCCUUAGGUGCCUUACCAAUCCUUGGCUGGAACUGUCGGAACAACUUGGAGGACUGCUCCACGGUGCUGCCAUUGUAUUCUAAGAAGUAUGUUGGCUUUUGCAUCAGCAUUUUCAUAGCCAUCUUGAUUGCAAUAGUCAUCCUCUAUGCCCGGAUCUAUGUCUUGGUAAAGUCCAGCAGCAGAAGAGUCACAAAUCACAGCAAUUCGGAGAGAUCCAUGGCCCUGCUCAGGACAGUUGUCAUCGUGGUCGGUGUAUUCAUCGCCUGCUGGUCCCCGUUGUUCAUUCUUCUCCUGAUCGAUGUCGCCUGUAAAGCAGGCGAGUGCCAGAUCUUAUAUAAAACGCAAUGGUUUAUCGCUCUAGCAGUGCUCAAUUCAGCCUUGAAUCCUCUCAUCUACACUUUGGCCAGCAAGGAGAUGCGCCGGGCUUUCUUCCGCCUAGUGUGUGCUUGUUUGGCCAAGUCCAGCACCUCAAGGUCUUUGCCGAUUCAGCCAACGCCAGAUCAGAGCAGGAGCAAAUCCAGCAGCAGCAGCAAUUCCCCGAAACACAAAGGAUUCCUACAAUCCCAGUUUCAGAGUAAAGAGGACAAAAGCGAAUCUUCAUUUCAGAAUGGGAAUAUCAUCAAAUGACUGACGCCCAUGAGACAAUCACUUCCAGCUCUACCUUAAGGAGUUUUUAUUUUAUACAUUGGUUUCUGCACUUAAAUUAUGGCAAUUUAGUGGAUUCUAGAAGAAUUUGCAUUUCUCUAUUUAAUGCAUGGAUUCUCAUCAAGCGCCCUAACUCAGGAAAUAAAGGGCAUGCUCCACAGUUGCAUUCUAUACGUUACCUUGAAGAACGACUUGUCUCUUGUCUGUAACUCUAAAUAAUAAAGACUUACGUAUCUGUC